CUCCCCCUCUCCUCCCGAUCGGACCGCUCUCCUUCGUUCCCAAACCUCCUCCGCUCGAAAGCCGAAUCCCAUCCCCGAAAAGAAUCCCUUCUUCUCUCCCAAAAACCCUAAUUCGCGAAUCCCCCCAAAUCCGAGUCGCCUCCGUCUCCGGCCUCGAUUCGGAUCGAAUCCGACUGGAACGGAUAAAGAGGAACUGCGGCCGGCCGGCGCGGGCGAUUCGCGCGAGAUCGGAAUCCGAGGCGGCGGCGCAAUAAUGUCUGCAGUAGUUUGCGGGAGCAAGCGAUCGUUGUUCGACGACAUACCUUCUCCCCCCUCGCCCCCGUCCUGCAAGAAGAUCCGCCGCUUCUCCCCGUCGUCUUCCUCGUCUUCUCCGCCCCCGGCUUGGCCGGCGCCGGCGGUGGCCCACCUCGAUCGGCUCCUCCAGCUUUUUCCCCACAUGGAACCCCAGAUUCUCGAGAGAGCAUUGGUAGAAUGCGGGGACGAUGUAGAGGCUGCCAUUAGGAGGCUGCACGAGCUCUGUUUGGGUCCUGCUGCGGAUAAUGGAGGGUUUUCUGAAGAACCUGGUGUUAAUGUUGACCAAGGUGAUAGAGAUGAUGCUGAUGUACCUUGUGAGCCAUCAACCAACCUUCCCGUUGAUGGUGCAGGGUGGGUGGAUGUAUUUGUGAAAGAAAUGAUGAGCGCCACAAGUUUAGAUGAUGCCAGAGCACGUGCCACAAGAGUGCUCGAGUUUUUUGAACAGUCUGUCAGUGGACAAGCUGGGGCUGAGGCUGUUAAAAGUGUCCAGAAGGAACAUAUGAUGCUGAAGGAGCAAAUGGAGGCAGUCCUUCGGGAGAACGCAAUUCUCAAACGUGCUGUGGCUAUUCAACAUGAACGUCAAAAGGAACACGAGGAGAAGAAUCGUGAGCUGCAGCACCUGAAGCAGUUAGUAUCUCAGUAUCAAGAACAGUUAAGAGUACUUGAGGUCAACAACUAUGCCUUGUCGAUGCAUUUGAGACAGGCCCAGCAAAGCAACUCUUUCCAUGGGAGUUAUCCUCCCGAUGUCUUCUGAUUUUGGAUCAUUCUCCUGGAACGGUUCAAACCAAGUAGAUGUUUCGUCCUUGGCGACGAUGUUCCUUUAUACAUAUUAAAGAGCAACUCGAAGUUGACAGUGGUCUUUCUAUCUAUGAAAAUAGAUGAAAGGAGAACAGUGCCGGCAGGAGUUCUGCGGAGCCCGUCCUGCAUAUUUUCCCCUUUCCGUUCUUACUAGUCUUGCAGCAUGCUUCAUAUCAUCAGAUGAGGUGUUGUAUUGUAGGAAAGUUGAAGUUGGGUCGAAGAUUUUUAUCCAAUAGGGUUCAAUUUUGAUGUUGGGGUUCAUUUCUCUGAUUCUGUUUGUUGUCUGAAAUCUGCUUGUAAUUUCCUUAAGUAAUCAAUGGAGUUAUGUUUAACAAUUUGCUCA